UUCGUUUGGCGACUUUCGCGGUAAAAACCGAUGACGAAUGUUUUUAUUUGGGAAACUACCGAUACUGUUAUGAAACAAAAUAAAUGUCAUAAGCAACCUAACCUGGACGCAGAGAACAUGGCGAAUGACGAAGAAGUGUUUGCCUAUGCCGUUAUAGGGCGCGAACAUGUUGGAAAAACGAGUUUAAUAACCGCUCUGUGUGGACAGGAGCAAAACGCUAGUGAGUGCCCAGUGAUGUGUGGAUAUCACAAAAACAAAGCGAUUGUUUUGUUUGAUUUUCCACCGUUUGGAACAUCGGUUUACCCAACACAUAUGUUUAUUGAGCGAUUUGAUUUGGACAAAAGGCUCUACCAGGGUCUAAUUCUUGUCUGCGACCAAGAUCUCACCGACGAUGAUAUAUGUAUACUGUCAACGCUAAGGUCAAACUUUAGAAGAGUUAUCAUUGUGCGUAAUAAAGUGGGCUCCAUAAUUCAAUUGGAUCGCACCCUGUGCUCAGAGGGUCACAAUCCCAAAGACGUGUUUUCCCAGUGUAAAUAUAGCACUCGAAAGCAUUUUAGUGCUUGUAGGCCGGACAGAAUAUUUGUGUUGGACUCGUUUGACACAGACAGGUUCCAAUUCAAGGAUUUGGACGACUAUCUCCAAAAUGGGCACAUGAGGUCUAGAAAUCACGGGAGACGACCGCGAGGUUCUCAUUUGGACAAGGGCAACUAUACGCCCUCCAAGUGUGACGGUCCCCUCUACAGUGAUGAAACGUUCUCGUGUUAUACCGUCGAAUGUCAAGAUGAGUCGGUAGAAGCGACCGGAGGUCUACUCUCAGAGCUCACUUUGCAGACCAAGGAAGCCGAUGAUGAUAUGAGCUAUGACGCCGGCGCGAGUGAUGUCGGUAUUGGCUUCGACUUGCGUAAAUGGCAAUAUGACAUCAGUGACGUUACAGCUGACGAAGAAGAAGUCAAACGUUUUCUUCCAGAAUUGAAUCAGCCCUCUGCACGCAGGAGAAGAGAUCUGGUCCGAAGAACUCGAAAUGACCUAGCACGAUGGGAAACGGAAAAACUGCACAUAGCUGUAACUGGAAACUCCGGAGUUGGCAAAUCGAGCUUUAUCAACGCUAUUCGUGGACUUCAUCCUGGUGACGCAGGAUGGGCGCCCGUGGAUGUAGUUGAAGGAACAAUGCGACCAACACAAUAUAAUCAUCCCGUCUUCCCCAAUAUCUUGCUUUGGGAUCUUCCGGGUGUUGGUACAAAAAACUUCAGGCGAGAGACCUACAUGGCCCAGGUUGAAUUUGAAAGGUACGACUUCUACAUCAUUAUUUGUGCUGGGCGUUUCACCGAGAACGACUUAUGGCUUGCCGAAACGAUACACCAGAAGGGGAAAACAUUUUUCUUUGUACGCACGAAGGUUCAGCAAGAAAUCGAUAACGCCAGGCGAGUUUAUGCGGGCGAAUCUGUUUUCGACGAAAAUGUGGUUCUUAGAAAAAUGCGCAAGAAUUGUUCCGAUAGUUUGCCGAAAUCGCGAGGGCGUGAGUUGUUCCUCAUCGACAAUUACGAACCACAGUUGUACGACUUCGGUAAGCUUGCAAUGGCCAUCAUUCACCAAUCGCCGCAUAAGAAGAAAGAGGCGGCCACUUUCGGGAUGUGUCUUUUGACCGAGGAUGUAAUCAAAGCAAAGGAAGAAGAACUUAAAAAGCGGAUCUGGAAAACAGCUUUGAUGGUUGCCGUAACUGAAGCUUCUCCUAUCGAUUUUCUUGGCAUUUCGUCGACUGAUGAAUAUCUUCUUAAAGAGGCACAUUUCUAUCGGGAGCAGUUUCAGCUAACAGAUGCGCACCUAGAGAAGUACGCUUCAGCUGAAGGUAAAACGAAACAAGAAUUCGUGGAGUGCAAGCAACUGAAGUCGACGAUACUAAGCCAUCGCGCAAAGAUACCGAUGCUUUUAAAUAUGCUAGGUAAAUCCAGCCCAAAGGUUAAUUUUAUUCUGCUUCCCGUACUGACAGCCGUGACCUCCGGUGCAGUCUCGUUUGGAACAGCGAUGAAGUUCCUGCGGGUUGCUUUGAAUGUUGCCGUUGAGGACGUGAGGAAAAUAAACAGGGCCAUGAAGUCACACACUAGAUAAGAACUAAAUUCAUUUACGGUUAAGAGAACUGAAAGCAAAAAUGUACCACAUCAAUUAUUGAAACGAUUUGCGUUGAACAUUAUAAACGUAUUAUUCAUACACACUUUGUUUCAUUGCAAUGUGAUGUUAGUUACCUCACCAGAAAAUAUAUAAGCCAAGCUCUUUAAAAGGGUGGUUUAAUGCAUGUGCGUAAAGUGUCGUCCCAGAUUAGCAUGUGAAGCCCGCACAGGCUAAUCAGGGACGACACUUUCCGCCUAAACUGGAUUUUGCUAUAAAGGGACUUUUUUGAAGCAAAAAAUAUCAUAAAAGCGGAAAGUUUCGUCCCUGAUUAGCCUGUGCGGACUGCACAGGCUGAUCUGGGACGAAACUUUACGCGCGUGCAUUAAACCCCCUUUUCAUAGAGCAUGGCUCAUAUGAAUUGUAACGCCUAGAUCUACUCUAGUAAGUGACUUUUAAAGAGAACAUGACAACUGUAUGUCGAUGGGGAAUGAAUUAGAGUGUUUAAUGUUUAAGAUCACCAACUAGAUGUUAAUACUGUUUAUAGCAUCUUAACAUACUUAACUUUUUUGGGGUUGGCUCCAGUUUGCUGUAAAAACGGCCUGGUACAGAAUGUAUAUUUCUAUUAAAAACAUCAAAUACUGCUUUUAUUUCAAAGUUUGAAACAGUUAGCGUUUCCGGUAAAUAAACAAAAAACUGUUGAUCUGUUCGCGUGGUUAAACCGGAAGAUACCUUGCAAAAAGGGUAAAUGAGUUGUUGCAAAAGUAAUUGUAUAAGUGUAAAUAAAUUAUGUGCAGUCUUUACAAUUUACACACAAACUACACAUACAUGGAUGUUAAUGUGUAUAUUCCUGCUAUCGUCUCUCGUAACUCUUUUAGAGUGGUUUUGUACGUAUAUAUGUGCAUACAUGUAUAAUGAUUUUGUACUGCUUUACUGUGUUUUAUCUACUCAAUUGAGACGUUAAUAAACUAUUCUGUCUGUCUGCUUAAUGUAUCAGUAGAUAACUUAAGCUUCAAAUCCAGUUUUUGUAAUUUAGUUUGUGAAACCAAAUUUUGUUUAAUUUAUAUGCAUUUUGUCCCAAAUCGGUUUCACCGGAGGGGACUUAUGGUUUGCGCUCUGUGUGUGUGUCUGUCUGUCUUUCUGUCAGUCCGUCACACUUUUCUGGAUCCUGCGAUAACUUUAAAAGUUCUUCAUAUUUUUUCAUGAAACUUGAAACAUGGUCAGAUGGCAAUAUGGACAUUAUGCACGUCAUUUCAUUUUGUUCCUACGUCAAAAAUUAUGGUUGCUAUGGCAACAAAUAAACACAAUUCUGACAAUGGUGGAGCCGGUAGGAGACAUAUAUUGCUUGGCAAUAGUCUUGUUAAAUAUGUUUUAAUUCUAUGUGCUUAAUAGUAUUUAAUGCAUAGCAUGUGUUCAACGUAAAAUAAUUAACUUUUACAAUAUUUAUUAUAAAAUAAAUUAUGUUCGAAUAUGUAUUCAUAGAGUUUCAUAUUUAUUGCAUGUUUUGAUUCAAUUCAUAAAUAUAUAUUUGGUUUAAUUG